UUGUUUAGUGGGAAACGGUCGUUGUGGUUUAUUGGGUAGGUACCUACCUUUCGAAGAGCCCGCAUCAGAGUUUAGUUCUGAGGCGUCGACGCUACUGCAGGCUCUUCUCGCAAGACAGCCCUAGAGGUGCUCACUAUUUAACCCUUGACCAUAACAUUCUUUCGAAGCGAUGAAGGCGCAUUCAACAUGACAACGAAACAGAUUCAUCGAAUCUUGAAUUAGAAAACAGGACUAGUUGUGCGGCUGAUGGCAAAUGAACUAAGAUCGUGGAAAUGUCUUGGCGUAAGAUAUCGUGGUAUGGUCAAGGGUUAAAUAGUAGCCCUACAGGGCACCGCCGAACAACCGUUUGAGUCUUAGUCAGACAGGAUUCAAAAUCGUGAUUUGCUAGGACUACAAGUCGUAGUCUACGGCUCGUAUGAUAGGUCCUAUUCCUCAUUCCUAACAGCAAUCGUUCUUGUUUACGCACACUUAAAUUAUAGCAAAAUGUCGACGAAAUCAACAUCGCCAUUAAGGUUUUUGUUCUUAACCGAGGGCGUCAUGAAACUCAUGGGGGGGUUGGUAUUCGUGGUCUCUCCCCAAACUCCCUUAUCCGUGGCGGUGGCUGCUCCCAUUCCGCCGUCAGCUCGUCUCCUAGCGCGACUUUUGGGUACGCAAACCUUUACAUUGGGUAUUUCCAUGCUUCUCGCAUCUACCAAAACGCCGAAAGCAGUAUCAAGUAGACGGAUCGUUUAUUGGACGGUAUUCGCGAGGGAUGCGACACUGGUAACGGUGCUCACGUUACAACUGUUAUUCGGCGAAAAUAGCGACGCUUUGGGGUUCUCGGCAAAGGGACUACGUGCGUGGCUUGCGGAGUUGAUGCCCUUUUGCUUGGGUCACUUGUGGAUUCUUACCACGAAACCACAUUGGUUCUGAUGGCGAUGACUUCUCCACAAGGCUUGAUGCAUUGGGUACUGGAUUUCUCGCAUCAACCAGCAUUCGAGUGUGGUCUCGUUGAACAUUCGAGGAGUCCGAGACUCCAUAAAUAGCACCCAACAAGAUCGGGGAGAGAAGCGUAAAUGUAAUAGAAACCCACUCCUAUUCCGUAUAGGAUCUCCAUCUUUCUUUCGUG